CGAGGGCAGUGCCAUGCUCCGCUCCGUCCUGGUGGCGCUAUGCCUGUGGCUGCACCUGGCGCUGGGUGUGCGAGGCGCGCCCUGUGAGUCUGUGCGCAUCCCCAUGUGCCGACACAUGCCCUGGAACAUCACGCGGAUGCCUAACCACCUGCACCACAGCACGCAAGAGAACGCCAUCCUGGCCAUUGAGCAGUACGAGGAGCUGGUGGACGUGAACUGCAGCGCGGUGCUGCGUUUCUUCCUCUGCGCCAUGUACGCGCCCAUCUGCACCCUGGAGUUUCUGCACGAUCCUAUCAAGCCCUGCAAGUCUGUUUGCCAGCGCGCGCGCGACGACUGCGAGCCACUCAUGAAGAUGUACAACCACAGUUGGCCAGAGAGCCUGGCCUGCGACGAGCUGCCGGUCUAUGACCGUGGUGUGUGCAUCUCUCCCGAGGCCAUAGUUACCGACCUCCCGGAGGAUGUGAAGUGGAUUGACAUCACACCAGAUAUGAUGGUACAAGAAAGGCCCCUUGAUGUGGACUGCAAACACCUGAGCCCUGAUCGGUGUAAGUGUAAAAAGGUGAAGCCAACUUUGACAACAUACUUGAGCAAAAACUACAGCUAUGUUAUUCAUGCCAAAAUAAAAGCCGUGCAGAGGAGUGGUUGCAAUGAGGUAACAACAGUGGUGGAUGUAAAAGAGAUCUUCAAGUCGUCCUCACCCAUCCCUCGAACUCAAGUCCCCCUUAUCACAAAUUCUUCCUGCCAGUGCCCACACAUCCUGCCCCAUCAAGAUGUCCUCAUCAUGUGUUAUGAGUGGCGCUCAAGGAUGAUGCUUCUUGAAAACUGUUUAGUUGAAAAAUGGAGAGAGCAACUUAGCAAGAGAUCCAUACAGUGGGAAGAGAGGCUUCGAGAACAGCAGAGAACAAUUCAGGACAAGAAGCGAUCAGCCAGCCGUACCAGUCGAAGUAAUAAUCCCCCUAAACCGAAGGGAAAGACACCUGCUCCCAGAGCUGCUAGCCCAAAGAAGAACAUCAAAGCCAGAAGUGCCCAAAAGAAAGCAAACCCGAAAAAAAGUGUGAGCUAAAGCCAUUCCAGGAUGAGGCUGCAUUGUCCAGGACAAGCCUGGGUGGUCUUGCUCCCUUGUCUCAAGGACUCAGUGCAGUCAUUUCAUAGACACACCUCGCAGCAUUUUUCUUAAUGAUAUGCUUCAGUUUUGCUUUUUAAGCCACACGGUAAUGUUGUUGGUUUGUGCUUUGGUAUGGAAGGAAAAAGAAAAGCUGGUCAAAGCUUUUUCCAUUCAAAGUGGCCUGUAUGCAUACUCAGUGUGAGCUCUACAUGGAGGAAAAUAUGCUUUUGUUUUGAGAGUUUGACCCAAUGUGUAAAUUGUAAAAGUCAUGUUAUAUGUCAAACAGCACACUUAAUUUUUUGGCCAAAUUUUUUUAAAAUUUUCAUUUGACUUCUGUUAAGAGGUUAGUGAUUAUCUCAAAUGUGAUUGAAAAUAAUGCUUCUGAGGAAAGCGGGAGGAACAAAUGUUUAGAAGACCUUUAUGUGUCUAUUGUCUGCAGAAAGGUUUUUCUGAUGAAUAGGGUUUUUACAAAAUACAGAGAUUUAGGAUGAAGGAAAGUGUAAUGUGUGUUCGUAAGAAGAUUUUCAAUUCUGUUUUUAGCUAGAAAGUUUAAAAUCUAAACUAAUAAUGACAAAUAAAAAGGAGAGGCAGACAGACCAUGCCUGAGUUCUUGUCCUCGGGUUCCCACCUCCUGUGCUGGAGUUGUUCAGAUCACAUACUUCUGCUCACCAUCCUGGAAGCUGCAGCUGAUGCGGUGUGCUUUUUGGUCUUUUUGAGACAGGGUCUCCCUGUAGCCCCAGCUGUCCUGGAACUCACUAUGUAGACCAGGCUGGCCUUGAACUCACAGAGAUCCACCUGCCUCUGCCUCCCGAGUGCUGGGAUUAAAGGGGUGGGCCACCAUGCCCGGUGUGCUUUAUAAAAAAUUUUUUAUUCAUUAUUUUUAUUUUUAUGUGAGUGUAUUGGCUGUCUGUGUCUAAGUAUACCUUUGUUGUGCAGUCAGAAGAGGGAGUUGGAUCCCCUAGAACUGGAGUUACUGGGGGUUACUUGCCCUAGCCACUGUGUGGAUGCUGGGAAUCAAACCCGGGUCCUCUGCAAGAGCAGCCAGUGCUCUUUAACUGCCGAGCCACCUCUCCAGCCCAGCAGUGUGUUUCUCUUCCCCAUUAAGAUCUAGGUACUUCAGUCCUGAGUGAUACAUCUACACCGUAACCUCUACACAUAAGGAUCAGGGAACCUUGCAGAAGAGGGGACAGAAAGAAUUUAAGAGCCAGAGGAACAAGAUCCCUGCUGCUAGUUAAGGCAUUCUAGACGUGAUAGGUAAGCUACACGCGUGACAGCUCCAUGGUAGUCUAACAAGAUCUACAUAACAACAAAACCAGUUGGCAUGCCAAUGUCAAUGGAGGAAUUUCCUGAGGUCCGACCUCUAGAUGAAGAGCUACAGGCAAUCAAUGGAUGCUGAGGGAGGGAGAAUCAAUUUUUUCAAGGGUCUAGCUCCCUGAGAGAUUAUCUAAUCUCAAGUGGGCAGCCCUAAAAACAAGCAUCACUAAAUAGACUCAGUGCCUUAUAUAUACACAUAUGACAAGAAAUUGAGAAGGAAUGGGGGAGACACGGGAGGAGUUGAUGGGGGACUGGGAGGGAUAGAAGUAAUGCAAAGACAACACUCAUACAUGAAAUUCUCAAAAAAAUUUUAAGAUUUAGGCAUCAAUUAGCUGAUCUGCCCCUGAAGGAUUUUAUCCUCACAACAGAGAGCUCAGUACCCUUCUCAUUUCCCAAAAUAUCUUAGCACUGAGAUUCACAAACAGGAAAGAAUUUUCUCUCUGCAAUUUCAGGUGCUCUCAGAAAUGUCUGUGGAGCAGUAGAGGCCUGGGGUGUGGCACAGCUACCACAUUCUAGCUCUGUACUAGGAAUAGAGGCCAGUUGGCCACCCAGACAGAAGAACAAUGUGAAAGUUUAAGACUGCUUUCUUGCUUAGAUUUAUUAACCCAUCUGCUUUUUAGAAGUGGGGCAAGUUACAUACUGCAUUCUUAGUCAGAGGGACACAGAAGUGAGAUAACGAAGGGGAAAGAGGAGAAACAGGACUGUGGAGAAGUCUGUUGCCUCCUGAAAAUUUAGCUUUGUUUGCAUCCCUACCUCAAGGUGAUAGCUGAAGAAACCCAAUAGAUUACAUAAUCAAUAAAAUAGACAGUAUUUGAUUCCACUGCGUAUAAUCCAAACCUCUUUGGCUCUUAAGAAAACCCUGAUAGGUAUUUCACAUAGCAUCUAAAUUCAACGGUCUCUGGACAAGUCACUAAGAACUGUUGAUAGCCUAUGCUGCCUGUUAGAAUUGGAAAUUGAACUAUUUACACUGCAUAAAAAGAAGGAAAAUAUAAAAAAUAUGCUAAGUGUAAAACUGAAUGCAAUACAGGUUGGGAAGCAACUUUAUAGGCUAAGUAAUUUUUAUGCCAAUUAUUUAACUGAUAUUAUAUAUUGAACAUUACAUCUGAAUUAUGUUCUUGGGAGAUAGUAAAGCCUUACCUCUGUAAGCACAAGGACCUGAAUUUGAUCCCUGAAUCCAUGUAAAAAUGCUGGGCACAGUGGGGGCAUUUUGCAAUUCUAGUACUAGGGAAGCAGAGACAAGCAGAGGCUUCCUAGCCAGCCAGUCUAGCUGAAGCAAUGAGUUCCAGACCAGUGAGUUACCCUCUCUCAAAAACCAAGGAGCAUGGUGUCCUAACAAAAACACCUGAGGUUGAUCUCUGGCCUUCACACACGAACAUUUACACAUGCAAUCAGAACACAUAAGAACCUGUGUAUGGGGCUGAAGAGAUGACUCAGCAAUUAAGAGCAAUGGCUGCUUUUCCAGAGGACCUAGG